UGGUGGGCGUGGAGAGGUCCUCUCGCCGGCUAAAUUAAUUCCUCAACGAGCACAAUCGUUCUAUUAUACUAGAAUGGCGACUGCUGUUUUCGGUCGUCAAUGUACAACAGGCAGUAAUACUGCAAAAUCACACAAAGAACACCUGCGAAAAGGUAAGGAUUCACGACGGAGACAGGCGGCUCUUUUGUUCCUCAACAACAUAUCUUUAGACGGAAGGCCUUUGUAUCAUCUCAGCAAUGGAAACCACGGUCAAAGGGAGUCCGCCGAGCUCCGAAGUCGAGACGCCACCGGGGCACAGGCGACUGGACACCCUCUUUUCUCAUCGAGUAUCUACGGAACCGUCUCCCUUGUGGCACCCUCCUUGGCCGGUGGCGCUGCUCCUACUGUGGCGGGGAUCAGUGGACUGAGCCCAGUCCCUCCUAAUUUGGUCAUGUCUACAGACACGGGCUCAAGUACUGCUGUGCGGUGUAGUGAGGUGUUUGAGGGAGUUGACCCCAUGGUCCCACCAGAUACCCCUCUGUCCCCCACCUCUGGACCUCAGACAUUCAAUCCAAGUGCCAAAUCAUCAUUUGUGCCCCAGACUCAGAAUUCCGUUCCGGGGGAUACACAAAGAUCACGGAAUCAUUCAGGCUCUCCAAAACCUGCAAGGGUGGCCAAGAAGGUCCACUUUAUCAAGAAUAUGAGGCAGUACGACACAAGAGGCAGCAGGAUCAUGAUGAUUUGUGCCAAGCGGUCUCUAUGUGCUGCUUUCUCAGUGCUGCCCUAUGGAGAGCGUGUUCACCUCAGUGACCCAAAGUUGGAGGCGCACAAACUACAGCUGUCCUCUGGGGUGGCAUCUGACCUGUUCCCUGGCCUGGAGGGCCUGGGGGUGGAGCUAGGUGCAUAUGGAAAGACGGUAUCGUACGCCCAGUUCCUUUUCCCCACUAAUGCCCUGGUGAGACCGAAGAGCAGUGGAGCACUAGAGCCCAGCACAACACAGACCCCCCUGUCACGUUACCAAUGCAACGGCCAGAAGAACUACACCACCCCGUCUCGCCUCAACAGCACCAUAGGACAGGACCUGAAUAUAGAAGACCUGGCAGACUAUGAUCCCUACCUACUCAGUGACCCUCAGUGGCCUUGCGGGAGACACAAGAGAGUUCUUAUAUUCUCAUCAUAUGUGACGACUGUUAUUGAGUAUGUAAAGCCGUCGGACCUGAAGAAAGACAUGAAUGAGACGUUUAAGGAGAAGUUCCCCUAUAUUAAACUGACCCUCAGCAAGAUAAGAAGCCUGAAGUGGGAGAUGCGUGCGGUGGGAGAGGAGUGCAGUUUGCAGCCGGUCACAGUGGCCAUGGCAUUUGUGUACUUUGAGAAACUGGUGCUGCAGGGCCGCCUGAACAAGCAGAAUAGGAAGUUGGUGUCUGCAGCCUGCGUCCUACUGGCAGCCAAGAUCAGCAGUGACCUGAAGAAGCAGGAGGUCCGACAGCUGAUUGACAAGCUGGAGGAGCGUUUUCGUAUAAACCGCCGGGAGUUGAUUCCAUUGGAGUUCCCUGUCCUGGUUGCCUUGGAAAUGGGGCUCUACCUCCCUGACAGCAAGGUUAUGCCGCACUACCGCAGGCUGGUGCAGCAGGGCUAGACUGGAGGUGGCCCGGAGAACUGGCCUGUGACAGUUUUGAUAUUUAAGUCCUGAUGAUAUUGAUUGGAAAUGCUGAUCCUGAAUCAGCACCUUGAGAGAUGCACCUUCUGCCCUAGAAUCUGUUCAGGUGUAGCAGGCCAGCCCAGCCUACAAUGCUCCUUAUAAAAAUAAAGUUUAGGUACUCUAUUUAUUUGAUUGAAUGCCAUCCAAUAUCUUGAUAACUUGAUAUGAUAAUAUCUUGGUAAUAGAAAGAAGGAUUUUUAAAAAUAUUUUCUGCAAAGCUGUUGGACUUUUUUUUUCUUUCUAUGUUUUGAUUCUUGUUUGGUCAGCUUGUUCUGAACUUCUUUCUGGGUGGUAUAUGGCAUUCUGAUGUGAAGAUUUUUUUCAUAGAAGGGUUCAAAAACCAUGUUUAUUUUGUACAAACAUUACACCUUAAAUAUUUGCUAAAAAUUAGCUCAAAAACUGAGUGUAGGAUGGCAACCCGAUGGGGGCGUCUGUAAGAACACAGAGGACAUUUACUAUUCUCUAGUUUAGCUCUUUCGAUCUUAAAGGCAUUGGUGCUCGGAUGAGUGGCAAUGAUGGGUUACAUGUGAUCAGAUGUAGAUGGUUUUAGUUGUCAGCACACGCAUCUGUUUGUCCAUAGUCCUGGUUUGGUUGCUUGUGAGAAGAGGGCUAAUGACUGAAGGUGAGAGCACAGAUCUCCCGAGGGUUUACUUGUUCAAAGUUUUAAAAAUAAAAAUAAAAUCAAACCAGAUUAAGACAUGCAGUGCAUUCAAAACGCAUGACAGUGCUUUGUUAUAGAUGUCACAGAUCACGUUAAAGGUGGUGAUUGUUCCUUCUAAUCCUCUGUACUUUCAUUUCUAACUGUGGGAAGAAGUCUUAACUUAAACUCUAUUUAAAGUAUGUGUCUGAUAAGGUCCGCAUUAUGUGAUGUUGAUGGUUGCCAUAUCAGUUUGAAAUAAUUUAGAUGCCCUGAAGUAAUUCCCUGUCCAAAGGUAGAGAAAUGUUUGUUUUUUUUGUGUGUAAAUGGUGCCUGGUAUUGUAUCUUUGCUCAUUGUAGCUUGUGUUGAUCUUACUAUUUAUUCACUCAUUUUGAAAAUGACACAUCAGUCAUUGGACUUAAAAGGCCUCAAAUGUGAUUGAAAUGACACUCUGGCCAGCCCAGAACUUUCAUCCUCAGUUGUUUUUAUUGUAUCAUUUGUUUAGAACUUGGCUUGGAUGGUAUUUAUUACCCUUUUCUUGGGUUGGAAUCAACAGUUUUGAUCAUGUCAGUUCUGUAGCUAGCAAUCAGUCUAAUUGUGUAGACUUUAAAUCACCACUGUGCAAUCAACUGCCUCUGUUCUAUUACACAAAUUACUUUUCUGCUGUGAAUGGUUUUGUUAAGUUGCAUGGUUAAUGUUCAAACUUCAUAUCAGUACUUGGUUGGUAUUGUAUAUCAACACCCAGGUAUAGGAUUUGCAAUAAGUAUUCUUACCAUAUUGUUCAAAGUACUGGAUCAUCCACAAGCCAGUUGUCAUUUUUUAGCUCAGGAAAUAUCUUUGAAUGCUUUAUUUUCCACUGAUCAUUCUGAGAUCAUGGGAUUUAUCAAACUCUGGAAUGACAGCAGGUAGAAACCAGUUGUGUCCUAAAAAGUGUUUAUUUACAGUAUUUGUGUAUUUCUCUUCAUUUGCAUUGUAUUAUGCCACUUGACAAAACAGUAAGUGCCUAAAACCACCAUGAGUUGAAUGACGUAUUAGUCCUAUCCAGAUAUUAUUCCCUCUUGUAUUUCACUCUUAUUGCUGUUGGUGUUUCACCGUACCUGUGAAUAUCAUGGAAAAUUGGACUCUGCAUAAUGUGAAGCUCAUUGUUCUUUGAGUGAUCUUGGAAAAAACGUUUGGUACGGUAAUGUGCAGAUUCCUGCUGUGGUGUGACUGGAUGUCUUUGUUUUGCAAAUGUAUGCUUAAAUCACCUAAUUGGUUUAGAAUGUGAAAUGGUAGAACUUUUGACAAUGUUGUGAUCAUGGAUGGUGUCAAUUUUGUAAAAGUAUAUUUUUAUUCUUAAAUCAGAAAAUAUAUUUAAACAUUUUCUAACCA